AGCCAUUUUAAUUCAUAUCUGAGUGGGCGGUGGUGCUUCGUCUUGGCUGUCUGGCUCCGCUGGGCAGGGGGUAACUUUACUAGUAUAGGGGUGGUUUUUAGUUUAAUUUUUCCUUUCUAGCGUCCGUCCCAUCGCCGGCCAUUGCGCACAUUCUAAUCAGCUGAGGCCAUGUCGGGAGACGCAGCCACGGAGCAGGCAGCUGAAUAUGUCCCAGAGAAGGUGAAGAAAGCUGAAAAGAAAUUAGAAGAGAAUCCAUAUGACCUUGAUGCUUGGAGCAUUCUCAUUCGAGAGGCACAGAAUCAACCUAUAGACAAAGCACGGAAGACUUAUGAACGCCUUGUUGCCCAGUUCCCCAGUUCUGGCAGAUUCUGGAAACUGUACAUUGAAGCAGAGAUUAAAGCUAAAAAUUAUGACAAGGUUGAAAAGCUAUUUCAGAGAUGCCUUAUGAAGGUUUUGCACAUUGAUUUAUGGAAGUGUUAUCUUUCAUAUGUCCGAGAAACCAAGGGUAAACUACCAAGUUACAAAGAAAAAAUGGCUCAAGCAUAUGACUUUGCACUGGAUAAAAUUGGAAUGGAAAUUAUGUCCUAUCAGAUCUGGGUGGAUUACAUCAAUUUCCUAAAAGGCGUGGAAGCUGUUGGAUCUUAUGCAGAAAAUCAGAGAAUAACAGCUGUCCGAAGAGUUUAUCAACGAGGUUGUGUUAAUCCAAUGAUCAACAUUGAACAGCUCUGGAGAGACUAUAACAAAUAUGAAGAGGGUAUCAAUAUUCAUUUAGCUAAAAAAAUGAUUGAAGAUCGGAGUAGAGAUUACAUGAAUGCUAGGCGUGUAGCAAAGGAAUAUGAGACAGUAAUGAAAGGUUUGGACCGCAAUGCUCCCUCAGUGCCUCCUCAGAAUACUCCUCAAGAAGCUCAGCAAGUAGAUAUGUGGAAGAAAUAUAUACAGUGGGAAAAGAGCAACCCUCUUCGUACAGAGGAUCAGACCCUUAUAACAAAAAGAGUUAUGUUUGCUUAUGAACAGUGCCUGCUUGUGCUGGGCCAUCACCCUGAUAUUUGGUAUGAAGCUGCCCAGUAUCUUGAGCAGUCAAGUAAACUGCUUGCAGAGAAAGGGUAUAUAUUUAUGUUCACUUCUUAUCUACCACCUCAGAGUCGCAUGAAGUAUGAAAAGGUUCACAGUAUAUAUAACAGACUUCUGGCAAUUGAGGAUAUUGACCCCACAUUGGUAUAUAUCCAAUAUAUGAAAUUUGCAAGGAGAGCAGAAGGUAUCAAAUCUGGAAGAAUGAUAUUUAAAAAAGCAAGAGAAGAUACCAGAACCCGCCACCAUGUCUAUGUUACUGCAGCACUCAUGGAGUAUUACUGUAGUAAGGACAAAUCUGUUGCCUUUAAGAUCUUUGAGCUGGGACUAAAGAAAUAUGGAGACAUUCCAGAAUAUGUCCUGGCCUAUAUUGACUAUCUCUCUCAUCUAAAUGAGGACAACAAUACCCGAGUUUUGUUUGAACGAGUCUUAACAUCUGGAAGCCUUCCUCCUGAGAAGUCUGGAGAAAUCUGGGCCCGAUUUCUGGCUUUUGAAAGUAAUAUUGGUGAUCUAGCUAGUAUACUCAAAGUGGAAAAAAGACGGUUUACAGCAUUCAAAGAAGAGUACGAAGGCAAAGAAACAGCUCUACUGGUAGAUAGAUACAAAUUCAUGGAUUUAUAUCCUUGCUCUGCAAGUGAACUAAAAGCACUCGGUUAUAAGGAUGUCUCCCGUGCUAAACUAGCAGCUAUAAUUCCAGACCCAGUUGUAGCUCCUUCUAUAGUGCCUGUUCUGAAAGAUGAAGUGGAUAGAAAACCAGAAUACCCUAAACCAGACACUCAGCAGAUGAUUCCAUUUCAGCCACGACAUUUAGCACCUCCAGGCUUACACCCUGUCCCUGGUGGAGUGUUCCCGGUACCUCCUGCAGCUGUCGUUUUGAUGAAACUUCUCCCUCCUCCUAUCUGUUUCCAGGGUCCUUUUGUACAAGUGGACGAACUGAUGGAAAUUUUCCGAAGAUGCAAGAUACCAAAUACUGUUGAGGAAGCUGUGAGAAUCAUUACCGGUGGGGCCCCGGAGCUGGCUGUAGAAGGAAAUGGCCCGGUGGAAAGUAAUGCAGUACUCACCAAGGCUGUCAAAAGGCCCAACGAGGACUCAGAUGAAGAUGAAGAAAAGGGAGCUGUUGUCCCCCCUGUUCAUGACAUUUACAGAGCACGGCAGCAGAAGCGAAUUCGGUGAAGCCAGCUCAAAACCUGCCUCUGAAAGAAAACUCUUAUCCAGAAUUCCCUUUUUGCCUCUUAAGUCAUAUGUUUAAGAGACAAUACUUUGUUACAAGAUUCUUGAACACAAAGUUGUAUUGUCAUUAGUGCCUCUAUCAAAUGGUUCUCAAGAAAAAAUCAACCUGUGUGGAUUUUAGAAUAUGGAACAGACCUAUGCUCUAAGCAAAAUUAGGUUUUCAAAAAUAUGAGAAUGAGAACAGUACAAAAUGGCAGAGCUACAUUUUGUUCCCUCUUCAAGGGUGUCUUGUAUGUGCCGCUUGAAGAUUUGUGAGUUUUCAACAGUUUUAUUUUAAAAACUGGAUGGCUUAUGAUUGUAAAGCAUUUUAUCACAUUUUCUGAAAAACAGUUGUUCUCGGUUUGCUUAUGUAGAGUCCUGCCUUAUUGUUUGUUUUUAUUUAUGGCAGAACGUAUGGAAUCUGUUUUGUAGUUUAAAAUUUUAAAACAGUCCUUUAAAAAAUAAAAGGAUCUGAAAAACAU